AUGGUUUGCAAUUGGCUUGCACUCUUUUCGUGCUGCGCCGUGCUGGGCCAGUUGAUCCCGGAAGCAGAUGUAACGACAAAUGGUUCAGAGUUUGAACCUCAGCCUGAACUUGAAGGCGCUUGCGACGGUGGUGUUCUUCGCCUUUCUCCUCGCCGCUAUGAAAAGCGCUUCGUAUUUCUCGAAGACUGUUUGCUUGUGGGUGUCCCUGGCACAAUACUUGCUGCUCCCCUGCUUUUCUCAAAAAGUGGAUGGCUGGAUGGCACGCUGCUGUUUGACCAUGGGGACUAUGCAUGGAAUGCAUCAUGCGUCGCGGCAGUGGAAACACUCAAUAUUUCGGGCGACGUGGUCUUUCGGAAUUGCCAUUCAAGCUUGCAAGGCGGUGCUAUCAACAUCAUCAACCCACGCGGAGUGGCCGGUCACGGGCGACUUGUUCAACAUGAAGGCCGGCUCCUUUUCGACAACUGCAGCGCCGAGUUCAGUGGCGGCGCCAUUGCAGCUGUGCAAGUCGAGUUUCACGGGCUGGAAGUAGUUUUUUCAAACUGCAGAUCAUCCGGUGGACAUGGUGGUGCAAUCAGGGCUCAAUUGGGUGUGCAUGUCACGGCUCACAACGUGUCGUUCCGGGGCUGUGAAGCCCGAUCGGGUGCCGCAAUCUGGUCUGACGCUGGUUUGUGGUUACAGGGUUGGUCCACGAUCUUCGAGAAAUGCGACUGCUCGGGCCGCAGAGGGAACACUGCAGUGGUGAGAGUUGGAUUCCGAGGGCAUCUGAACAUCAUGAACACGCAGAUCUCGACGUCAGUUUGCUUCUUUGGGAUCGAUGCGCUUGGAGCUUUUGCUCUGCGUAUUGAUCGCGGCCUGUUUUCUUGGUUGAGAGCGGGAGCCAUCCUUGCCGACUUCGCGUCGGAUGUUAACAUUCAGCAUGCAAGCUCCCAACAUACAGCGAUGUUCCUGAAAGCGCGCAGUGUGCAAACAGUGCGGCUUCAAGACGUGAAGGUUUUUUGCACCCCGCCUGCUGGGACUCGAUGCAUCGACCUGGGUUUCUGGACCGACCGAGCUGAAAUCCAGCUUGACGGUGUGCAGCUCUUCCACAGAAUCACCAGCAACUUGGGGGGAGAGUCAGUGGUUUUGCGCUUUCCAGUAAAUGCAGCGUGGCAGCCCGCGUCGGCCAAUCCUGUGGAGCUUACCUGCUACCCGGGCUCUUAUCCGGAAUUCAAGCUCACUGACGAGGACCAUUCGGAAGUGAAGACGGUGCCAAAGCUUAAGCCGCGUGUGGACUGCUCAACGCUGGUCCCUGAUGGCUGCUGCAUUCUGGUGGGCGGUCCUGGGCACAUCCUCAACAACUCGGAGCACAGGUUGGACACAGAAUGCACCACUGACUGGCCGUGUCUUUGCCUGGACGUUUUCUGCAGCUCCUGUACCGUCCGAAGCCUCAUGAGAGUCUUGAGUGCUACCUGCGCCCCCUGUCAAUAUGGAACUAUGUCGCCAGGUUUUGUCAAUAUGCCGUUGGAGUUCCACCAGAUUGCCUGGGCAGCAAGAAAUGUCGACCGACACUGGCAAAAGCAUUCCUGCAACGACUGCACUCUUCUUGCACAGUCUGUCGACACCACAAUUUCUUGUGGGAGGGGCAGCAUGGAAGUACCUCGCGGUGUCAUGAUUACUGUGCACCGUCUGUCAGAUUAUGACGAUCGAGCAACGAUGGUUGCUUGGCGUUGUCCAAACCCGUCCGCCUGCCCUGGUCAGCGGUACGUUCUCGCGAUGGCGGAAGGACUUGGGAAGCAGUGCUCUCCUGGGUAUGCCCAAGAUAUCGCUGGCUGCACGAAGUGUGAUCACGGCUACGGCAAGAAAGUCAAUGACCCCUUUGUUUGUCAGCAAUGCCCGCCCAUGGAGUUUCAGUGGCUGCUGCUGAUCCUGAAACAUCUUGGCCUUUUCGCUGUCGGAAUGGUAUCAGCUCAAAAACCUCGACGGCGGACGAGCGUGAUCUUCAAGAUCAUGGUUUCCUUUGGGACAGCCAGCAACUGCGUCAUACAAGCCGUUUCGAGUCUCCCAGAGUACCACAUGGCGAAGUUAUCCGCGCGCCGUUAUGUUGGCCUGGCUGAGGCGAUGACGUCGACGACAAGCCUAUACAAUCUGCAUAGCUACGAGUGUCUUUUCCGGACGCGGUACUUCGACUCUAUGCGUUGGGCCAUCAUCGGAGUGUCCCCGCCGCUUUUGCUGCUGUUGUCCUGCUGGAUCGUGACUUCUGUCGCAAGUCGCUGUGGCUUUCCCCACCGAGAAGCUGUGAUGAUACAAGCCACCCUCGUCCUCGGCAAUAGCUACAUGGCCAAUGUCUGUGCCAACUUCAUGAAGCCACUCUCGUGCUUCCAGAUGGUUCACGGAGUCAAUGGCCAGGAGGCGCCGCAAUUCUGCUCUUUCAGCUUUAUGGAGCUCUGCCGAACCCUACAGUCGCAAGCGAUAGCUGGAAUCUGCAACUCUGCGUGCAUCCUGAUCGUGCCUCUGUAUUGGCUGGAAAUGGUUCGAAGAUCGCACAACUGGCAGCCUCAGUCACGAAGACAAAUCAUGGGCUUCCUGGUAUCUGGCUACAGACCUGCAGUAGAGUGGUGGGAGGUGGUUCCCUUGCUUCGAAAGGUGUUGCUGUUGCAAGUGAGGGUGUUCUUCCCCCCGAGCUAUGCUGGCUCGACAUAUCUCACCCUCACUCUGGGUGUCCUUUUUAGCAGCCUGGUGCUUCAUGUCGCUGUAUGGCCAUACGAGGACAUCUACCUAAACCGCAUAGAGGGCUCCACUCUGGGUGCCAGUGUCCUCGCGCUGAUGCUCGCCAGCUUGGCGGUGGCCCUCGAGUGGUUCAAGCACGAAGAUGUAACCCUACGAUAUUUGCUGGCCUUGUGCAUCGUGCUGGUGGUCAGUACGGUGAUCCUGGUCGUGCUGCUGAUCAGGUCUCUCCUUGAGCAGGUACAAAACAGGAUACGCCGGAGGGAUGUCUCCGUGGAGCUGCAAAGUGUGGCCUCCACGAAGUGA